CUCCAAGAUGGACGGCGACGGGGACGGGGGAGGCCGCUCUGGGGGAGCACGUGGCGUGCCGCUGGCCCGCGCCCGGGGCUGCUGGGAUGGUGGCGGAGUCCAGCGGCCUCCAGCCGCCGUCCGGCAAGGAGGCCGGCGGAGGCGGGGCCGCGGCCGCCCCUGAAAGGCGCCCCGGCGGCGGCCCAGCCUCUUCUUUCCUCGCACAGCCAGACAACCCCUGCUCGAGGCCCGCGUCGCCAUGGCCGCGGUUCCCGAGUUGCUGGAGCAGCAGGAUGAGGACCGCAGCAAGCUCAGAUCUGUGUCUGUGGACCUGAAUGUUGACCCUUCACUUCAGAUUGACAUACCUGAUGCUCUCAGUGAGAGAGAUAAGGUCAAAUUUACAGUGCACACCAAGACCACGCUGCCCACAUUUCAGAGCCCAGAGUUUUCUGUUACAAGGCAGCAUGAAGACUUCGUGUGGCUGCAUGACACUCUUACUGAAACAACAGAUUAUGCCGGGCUUAUUAUCCCUCCUGCUCCUACAAAGCCAGACUUUGAUGGCCCUCGAGAGAAGAUGCAGAAACUGGGAGAAGGGGAAGGAUCUAUGACAAAAGAAGAAUUUGCCAAGAUGAAGCAAGAACUGGAAGCUGAGUAUCUUGCUGUCUUUAAGAAGACUGUGUCUUCCCAUGAAGUUUUUCUUCAGCGACUUUCUUCUCACCCUGUUCUCAGUAAAGACCGCAACUUUCAUGUUUUCCUGGAAUAUGAUCAGGAUCUAAGUGUUAGGCGGAAAAAUACCAAAGAGAUGUUUGGUGGCUUUUUUAAAAGUGUGGUGAAGAGUGCUGAUGAAGUCCUCUUUUCUGGAGUGAAGGAGGUGGAUGACUUCUUUGAACAAGAGAAGAACUUCCUUAUUAACUAUUACAACAGGAUCAAGGAUUCCUGUGCUAAAGCUGACAAAAUGACCAGAUCUCAUAAAAGUGUCGCUGAUGACUAUAUCCAUACUGCAGCCUGCUUGCACAGCUUGGCCUUAGAAGAACCCACAGUCAUCAAAAAGUACCUAUUGAAGGUUGCAGAGCUAUUUGAAAAACUGAGGAAAGUGGAAGGUCGAGUCUCAUCAGAUGAAGAUUUAAAACUGACGGAACUCCUUCGAUACUACAUGCUCAACAUAGAGGCUGCAAAGGAUCUGCUAUACAGACGCACAAAAGCCCUAAUUGACUAUGAGAAUUCAAACAAAGCUUUGGACAAAGCCAGGUUAAAAAGCAAAGAUGUCAAGUUGGCUGAGACUCACCAGCAGGAAUGCUGCCAGAAAUUUGAACAGCUUUCUGAAUCUGCAAAAGAAGAACUGAUAAACUUCAAGCGGAAAAGAGUGGCAGCAUUUAGGAAGAACCUAAUCGAAAUGUCUGAACUGGAAAUAAAGCAUGCCAGGAACAAUGUCUCCCUCUUGCAGAGCUGCAUUGACUUAUUCAAGAACAACUGACCCGUUUUUACUCCGAAGACACCAGUGUGAAAGCCAGCAUCACUUGCACUUAAAUCAUUAUUGCAAAAGAAAUAGCUUUGACUAGUUUAAAAAUCAUGUGAAUAAAUAUUUUGAUUUCUAAAAAUCUUAACAUUUAACCAUGUUGGUUUAAAAAUAUUUUCAUUGCAUGUUACUUGGACAUAACUAAUCUUUUUUCUUAUGAUUUAAUACCUCAAAGUAGGUAGAAUCUAACAGAUUCUCCUAUAGAUUGUCAGGAAUUACUAAUAAAUGGUAUGGAGAUGUGUGCCUUCUGGAAAUGAGAAGCAAUAGCUUGGCCUGUGUCUGUCUCAGUGCAGGUGGCAGGUGCCUGCUUCUUUAAUUGGGUAGAUUUUGCUCCCUCUUGUCAAGAUCACUUUAGGUGCUUGUACAGUAACAAGCAAGAUCUCAUUCGUCUUUAUAUAUCUUUUACAGAUGCAUUUUUGUGACUGGGAUAUAAAUGCUUGAGGGAAAGGAGAAUGGGGUUCUAACGCUCCCUGAUGGUGGUCAUGUGUGUUUGUGCUUUGGAUGUUUUUAUAGAAAGUAUAUAAUAAAAUAAUCCAUGUUA